AUGGCGACACAAGCAAACACCUCACCACAAGUACAGCAAGACGAUCACAAGCCUACCAAGACAGCGCAAGCACACAGCCCACUACAAGGACAGCAAGACAAUAGUACGCCCACCAGGACAGAUGAGCCUGAGAAGUCGUCUUUGUCAGCUGCCCAACGCGUCUUCGGCAUCUUUGAGCUCGCAGAAGCUAUCUUCCUCGAAAUGCCUCCGCGAGACAUCCUGCUUGAUCAGCGGGUGAGCCGCACCUGGCAGUCAACUAUCAUCGAGUCCACUCCACUCCAGCAAGCAACUUUUAACAAGCCUAUCCCAUCACAGUGGUACACCUUCGGAGGCAACGAGAUAGCAGGUGAAGAGCACAGCAUGUACCAGAGAUCCUUCUUCCACCAUCCACUACUCGAUACCGUCGUCGAUGGUCACUUCCACAAAUCCACUGCUGAAAAGAAGCGGGAGAUACUCACUCGACCAGAGGCUUCAUGGACCCGUCAGCUGCUUACACAGCCGCCCAUCUCGGGAUGCGUGCUUCUGGUAGAGAGGCUCAGAGACUACCGCACAUACGAAAAAGAAUUCCACCUGUCAGAUCAGGAUGGAGUUCGACUCGGUAUAGCUGCUCAGAAGUCGUGGGGAAAUUCAAGCAGGUGGGUGUGGAUCAGUGGGUGGGAGCAGUGGUAUAGUGCGGAAUGGGAGAGUAGAUCUGCACGAGAGUUGCUCGCGAUGAUGAAAGGAGAGGCUUGGUGGAGAGCGUGGGUUGAGCGGGAGAUGUAUAGAUGUAGCGACCUGUGUGAAGCGCUCGUGCGUUGCCUUGUUCCCGUAAUCUCGUAG